AUGUUAUGCUGCUCUUCAGAUGACGUGGACACUGUGGAAGAGGUCAGGACGAUAGAAAAGGCCAAGGUUGUACCAAUACAAGCCACUGUCGUUCAAACCGUUCCAAAGGAAGUGGUUACACAGGUAAAUGAGGUCGGCACCGGUGUCACCGACCUGGUCAAGAAGGUGAAGCGGCUGGAGACCAAGCUGAACCUCAUCCUGGAGAGGGCUGACUGGGGCGCGCCGCCGGAGCCGGGCAGGAGCCGACGCCAGGCAGCCCAGCUCGACCCUUCCGGCGAUGAGCUCGAGCCCGAGCCCGUGCCCGACAUGGAGCGCGAAGAGCGAGACUUGAACAGCGCCGGCGCUGAGACGGGCAAGGCGAAACGAGACGAGAACGGCGGUGACGACGACACCGAUGACGACGACGACGAUGACGACGACGACGCUGACGAUGAUGACGAAGACGGCGAUGACGAGGACGCUUCGAAGAGGGAAGACGGGGGCGUGGACGCCUUGUCGGACACCUCCGCCCCCGUGUUUGCGGACGGAUCGAGCGCCAAAUAA